AUGCCUCAAAAGAGAAAAGGCGGAAAUUUAUAUAAAAUCAGUCGCGAAAGCAAGCGUUUACGACAAAUACGAAAAAUUGAGAGUUCGGAGGAAAGAUCUCAACGACUUGAAGCUAAUGCUCAAAGAAAUUAUCAGCAGAGGGUCAAUGAAAAUGAUGACGAAAGGUCUCAACGACUCGAAGCUAAUGCUCAAAGAAAUUAUCAGCAGAGGGUCAAUGAAAAUAAUGACGCAAGGUCUCAACGACUCGAAGCUGAUGCCCAAAGACAUGCUCAGGGAAGGCAACAAGCUAGACAAUUAAAUCAUCAUAUUGCGCUAAUUGCCAAGGACAAUGAAAUAAAUGUGUCAGUUCAUACACUUGGCCAAAUGAAUAUAGAAUGCCAAUUUUGCAAAUCGUUAAAUUUUGAAUGUGAAAAACCUAAAGAUGGGAAAUUUACAUAUUGUUGUCAAAAGGGUAAGCUUACAUUAAAGUCAAUAAAUUGUCCUGAUUUUAUUAAAAAAUUAUACAUGGGAAAUGAUUAUGCAUCGAAAAAUUUCCUUCAUAAUAUUCGUUCAUAUAAUAGCGCUUUAGCUAUGGCUUCUAUGGGUGCCCCGGGCAAUAGAAAUCCAUUGGAUGUUGUGAACAAUGCUCCUUAUUGCUUGAAGAUUCAUGGGCAAUAUCAUCAUUUGACUUCGACAGCAAUGCGCCCAGCAGAUGGGCAAGCCCCGCGCUUUGCGCAGCUUUACUUUUUAGAUAUAGAAGAAGCUAUAAAUCAUAGAAUGAAUAAGAAAGCUAAUCAAGAGUGUGAUUUUGAAAUAAUGAAAAAUUUGUCAAGUUUUAUGGUUGAAUGCAAUGAAUUUGCAAAGACUUUCAAGAUGAUGCGUCAAGUUGAACAAGAUCUUAAUCCGAUAGGCAAUAAAAAUAUAAAUUUAAUGUUGUCCUUUCGAAACGAUUCUCAACAUGAUCAAAGAAGAUAUAAUGCUCCACAAGCUAAUGAAAUAGCUGUGGUCUUUCAGAAUGUAGAUGGUGAGCCUCCAUUUGAAAGAGACAUUCGAAUUUAUAAUAAAAAUUCAAACGAUGUUCAACAAAUAUCAAUUCUGGACAAAAGGUGUGACCCAAUGUGUUAUCCUUCGUUAUAUCCAUAUGGUAACGAUGGAUGGCAUUCAGAAAUGAAAUCUUAUAAUUCUAAAUAUUCAGGAUUUAAAGUUACUCAAAUGGAUUAUUAUGCUCAUCUGCUGGCACCAAGAGCCGAAUUUAGCCAAUUUAAAAGAGCAGGCAAAUUGAGAUGUCAAUUUAUACUUGAUGCCUAUAUGAAAACUGAAGCCAAUAGACUUAAUUAUAUUAAAUUAAAUCAACCUCAAUUAAGAGCAGAACUUUAUUCAGGAUUAAUAGAUCACCUUGAUAAUCGAGCACAAAAUGAGGGAAUUACAGUUGGUGUACCUGUAAUAUUACCAUCUUUUCUGAACAUGUACAAUGCUCUUCCAAAGAGUUCUGAUAAUAUACAGAAACUAAUUAAAAAUGCAAGCACGGGCUCCAAAAUGUCGGAAGACAUGAAUAGAACGAUCCUCAGUUUGAUAAAAAAUAUUAUUUGA